UUAUUUUGUUAGUUGUUAUUAUUAUUCCUAGAUAAUAAAAUUCGAAUCCACUUACAAAAAUACCAGAGGUCCGUAGCAAGACGUUUCAGCAUUUCUGCGAUUACGUUUCACAAAAUAUCUUUGAAGGCUACCGAAAAACCAACUUCUUCGUCUUUCUCUCGAGUCUGCUCAAGUAAAACGACAAGUCCAGAACUCAUGGGAGAUCAUCAGAACGACCAAAACGAUGACGUUUUCUCCUUCUUCACCACUCCCAACGACACCGACUCCUCCGCGGCGACUCCGUCCACGCUUUUCAACCGUUGUUCAUACUCCUCUUCGUCUUCCUCCGGUGACGAAUCUCACCCUUCAGGUCCUUCAGUCGACGACAGCAACAAACGAAUCGACUACAUGAUCCAAUUUCUCGACCGGAGACUAAGCGAAGACGGCAAUUUCGACGGGAUCGGAGCGGAGAACGACGGCGAUGGCUCCGAUUCUCUGCCGGAGUUCGUUGGGAAGUGUGGUGGAACCGGGAUCUUCAAGGUUCCGAUUAGGUCUGCAGUUCAUCCGAAUCGGCCGCCGAGUCUCGAGGUUAGACCACAUCCAUUGAGGGAAAGUCAAAUCGAACGGUUCUUAAGGACGAUGACGAGUAUUGAGAGACAAUUGUGGGCCGGAGGUGAGGACGGUGGAUUAAAGGUAUGGGACUUCGAUGAACUGUACGGAAGCGGGCGGAGUUUAGAGGCGGAGGAUACGGCGCCGUAUAAGCAGACUCUGGAGAUGGAGAUUGGUUCUUCGGUUGUUUGUAUGAUCGGAGAUGAAGGUAGUAGAGCUGUUUGGAGCGGGCAUAGAGAUGGAAGGAUCAGAUGUUGGAAACUUAGAGCUGAUCAUGGGAUUGAAGAAGCCCUAUCGUGGCAAGCUCAUCGUGGUCCGGUUCUCUCCAUUGCCAUCUCGUCAUACGGAGAUAUAUGGUCAGGAUCUGAGGGAGGCGCUCUUAAAGUUUGGCCAUGGGACGCUCUUGAGAAGUCUGUUUCUUCGACUAUAGAGCAAAGGCACAUGGCUGUGUUAUCUGUAGAGAGAUCGUAUAUUGACCCUAGGAACCAGGUUUCGGUCAAUGGAUUUGCUAAUACAUUAACUUCAGAUGUUAUGUUCCUCGUAUCUGAUCAUACAAGGGCGAGAGUAUGGAGUGCUAGUCCCCUGACGUUUGCUUUGUGGGAUGCUCGUACACGGGAUUUGAUCAAAGUAUUUAAUAUUGACGGGCAGCUCGAGAAUCGAACUGAUGGUUCUGUAUUUCCUGAUUUUGGGACUGAGGAAGAGGGGAAGAUGAAGAUGACUGCUUCAAAGAAAGAGAAAGCUCAAUCUUCUCUUGGUUUCUUUCAGCGGUCUCGUAAUGCCCUUAUGGGAGCAGCUGAUGCUGUUCGUCGUGCUGCAACGAAAGGAGGGUUUUGUGACGAUAGCAGGAGAACUGAAGCUAUGGUCAUAUCAGUUGAUGGAAACAUUUGGACCGGAAGUGCAAACGGCGUCCUUAUGCGAUGGGACGGAAAUGGUAAUUGCUUGCAAGAGUUCUCAUACCAGCCCUCUGGUAUUCUCUGCAUGUUCACUUUUUGUUAUCGGGUGUGGGUUGGUUAUUCCAGCGGCACUGUUCAGGUUUUGGAUCUUGAAGGAAAGCUGCUUGGAGGAUGGGUGGCUCAUAGUGGCCCUGUAAUAAAAAUGGCUAUUGGUGGCGGUUAUUUAUUUACCCUGGCGAACCACGGAGGUAUUCGAGGAUGGAAUGUUACUUCUCCGGGGCCCCUUGACAAUGUACUGCGGGCCGAGUUGGCUGGGAAAGAAUUCUUAUAUUCAAGGAUAGAAAAUCUGAGAAUAUUAGCUAGUACAUGGAAUGUUGGAGAAGGUAGAGCAUCGACCGACUCGCUUGUAUCUUGGUUAGGCUGUGCUGCAACUGGAGUUGAUAUUGUUGUUGUUGGACUGCAAGAAGUUGAAAUGGGAGCAGGAGUUCUUGCAAUGUCUGCAGCAAAAGAAACAGUGGGACUUGAGGGUAGUCCACUUGGUCAGUGGUGGAUGGAUAUGAUUGGGAAAACUUUGGAUGAGGGCUCAUCUUUUGUUCGUGUUGGGUCUAGGCAGCUUGCAGGGCUGCUCAUUUGUGUAUGGGUUCGACAUGACCUUAAACCUUACGUGGGAGAUGUUGACGCUGCUGCGGUUCCUUGUGGUUUUGGACGAGCAAUUGGUAAUAAGGGAGCUGUAGGUGUGCGACUCAGAAUGUAUGAUCGAGUACUGUGCUUUGUAAACUGUCAUUUUGCUGCACACUUAGAAGCUGUUACUCGACGAAACGCUGACUUCGACCAUGUUUAUCGAACAAUGGCCUUCUCACGUCAGUCUAGUUCACUCAAUCCAGGAGCUGCUGGGGCUUCAUUUGGUGUCUCAGUACCUCGUGGUGCCAAUGCUGUUGUUGUCAACACAGUUGACCCAAGACCUGAACUCUCUGAGGCAGACAUGGUCGUAUUUCUUGGAGAUUUUAAUUACCGCCUGGAUGAUAUAACUUAUGAUGAAACAAGGGAUUUCAUUUCUCAAAGAUGCUUUGAUUGGCUAAGAGAAAAAGAUCAGCUACAUGCUGAAAUGGAAGCAGGGAAUGUUUUUCAAGGGAUGCGUGAAGCAAUUAUCAGGUUCCCUCCAACAUACAAGUUUGAAAGGCAUCAAGCUGGUUUAGCAGGAUAUGAUUCUGGGGAAAAGAAGCGUAUUCCUGCGUGGUGUGAUAGGAUUCUAUAUCGCGAUAGCAAGAAACAUUUGGGAGCUCACUGUAGUUUGGAUUGUCCAGUGGUGUCUUCUGUAUCACAGUAUGAUGCGUGCAUGGAUGUGACAGACAGUGAUCACAAGCCAGUCCGGUGUAUAUUUAGUGUGAAGCUUGCCCGGGUCGAUGAAUCUGUGAGGAGACAAGAGUUUGGGAACAUCAUAAACACGAAUAAGAAAAUCAAGGUCAUGCUUGGAGAGUUAAGCAAGGUUCCAGAAACCAUUGUCAGCACUAAUAACAUAAUUCUUCAAAACCACGAUUCAACGAUUCUGCGUAUUACGAAUAAGAGCGAGAAGAACAUUGCGUUCUUCAAAAUAAUUUGUGAAGGUCAGUCUAACAUCGAGGAGGACGGUCAAGCAUAUGACCACCGAGCAAGAGGCUCUCUCGGGUUUCCCCAGUGGCUGGAGGUGUCUCCAGGAACUGGAAUUAUCCAACCAAACCAAAUAGCAGAGGUUGCAGUCCAUCUCGAAGACUUCCCAACAGUAGAAGAGUUUGUGGACGGUGUUUCUCAGAACUCUUGGUGUGAAGACGCAAGAGACGAGGAAGUCAUAUUAGUCCUCGUGGUUCACGGAAGAUUCUCUAUCGAAACAAGAAACCAUCGGAUCCGUGUGCGUCACUGCCCUCGUGGAGGUCGAUCCGCAAAUAAACAUUACGGCGAUAAACCCAGAACCACGGGACAAAUAAACGCUCUUCAUCGCUCCGAUUAUCAACCGCUGAGUAAUACUCUUGAUGUCGUUGAGCAGCUAAGGAACUUGCACAGUCCAUAGAAGAAAGCCAAUGUCUCUUGGAGGGUUUUUUUUAAGUGUACAGUGAGAUGAAUUCAACGUCCUCCACGUGUUACGUAAUGUGUAGCUCUUUGUCUUUUUUGGAAUUCUAAUGGGAAAAUUUGUGUGAAAGAAAAUAUUAGCCUUUAACGUUUUUUGUUUAGAGGCUAAUUAUGUUGCUUAUGCUGGAGAUAUAAUCUACCAAAUGUUAUUUAAUUUUCUCCAUAUGAGUAAUAAUGGGUUUGUAUGUAGUGUAACCUUAUUUGAUUAUGUAUUGAGUAAUGAAUAUAUUUUAUUUUGAUCUGUACAGCAGUAGUUGUUUUUAUUUUAAAAUUUGGGCUGCAGCUUUUAAA